GCUAAACUUCUCUUCGUUCGAUUUUAGGUUCUCAAUCGGGUUAAGAAGUACGAACAGGCGUCCAAAUAUGCGAGUAAUGAACAGCUUGAGCAGAUAUCAACCUCUCGCAUUAUCACAGAGCGUGAGGAGGAAAAACAGAAUCAAAGACGGUGGAGUAAUUUCUUUAACCCCAAGAACCCGAAGCCGGGGAAGAAACCCGGUCGUACUCCGACUUUCCGCCGAGAUAAUCUACGAUCCUCUAUGACCGGGAAGGGUUCGAAAAACCCCCCUAAGAGUACCAUUGAAAAUCUUGUUGCCGGUCCACACUCGGCAGCGUUCGCAAAACACUCUCAAACUGCUCCAAACUUGCAUGUGACGGCAAGCGGCAGACCACGAUCGUUUACGAAGGACUCCCCGGGCUCAAUUCGGAAGUCUCCGACCGUCAUCUCGAUCGAUUCCGAAGAACAAAAAACGGAAUCGCCCGAUGAAGUAGAGAUCCAGAACGAAGACAUCAAUUUCGAAGUGGACUCUGACCUGGAAAAUUUUGACAAGGAGCCUGAAGCAUGGAGCGUUACAGCGGAGCCUUAUAUGUUGAAAAAGAUGAAAAAGAAUGAAAUAAAACGGCAAGAUGUGAUACUCGAACUCAUCCAAACCGAAGGACAUCAUGUGCGAACUUUAAAAAUCAUGCAGCAAGUGUUUUAUCGUGGCCUUCACAAGGUCGCCAACUAUCCGGAAGAGCGCUUAGAUGAGCUGUUUCCAAGGAUUAAUGACUUGGUCGAUAUUAGCGCAAGGUUUUAUCGCAAUUUGAGAUGCCGCCAGGAUGAAAGUGCCUCGGUGAAGAUGAUAGGUGAUGUUAUCAUGAAACAGUUUGGUGGCGAUAAUGGAGAACUGGUUAAACAAGCAUACGGAGAGUUUGUCAGCAAACAUCCCGAAGCUGUGGCGUCGUAUAAGGUAGGAGAACUAAAGCAGAACUACGAGAUCCUGAGGCAGGGAUUCUUUUAAAGAAAAUUUAUCACUGACUGCACCAAAAAAAACCCACAUUAAAUAGUAAUAGUAUGUCACACAGCGAAGGAGCGCUGAGUACAUCCCUCUUGAUUAUAUAAGUUAUUCAGUGCUGCAGGUGGGAAAGGCAAAAAAUAAGAGAAUUUACAAAUUUGUAAAUGGGAACCUAAGAAAAGGGACUCAGCUGGGUGAUGGGGAAUUGCCAAAGACCCAGGGUUAAGGUAUAACCGGCUUUUGAACAACCGGCCCCAGGGUACAUUUCUUGUGUGUUUUUUUCUCACUUCCUAUCAAAGUCUGGUUAAUGUAACGUUAACUAUAUCGAUCUUUUUUACAGCACUACUUUAAGACGGACAAGAAGUUUUCAAAUUUUAUCAAGGUUAGUAGCAGGGGUGGAAAAAAUAUUUUACUCUCUGGGAUCGCAAGAGAACAUUGAAAAUUUUCUGCAAAUAACUGUGUGAUGCAAAAAAAUAGCACUAUACCAGGGGGAUCCAUGCUCCCCAGAAAAUUUUGAAAAUUAGGUGUUGACAUUUUCUGUAAUUUGUUCUGUAUUACUGUAACGGUUAUCGAUUUAUAGGCAAAUACCGUGAUAAAAUUCAAAUUCUGCACCUUUUAUGUGUCAACAUGCUGUGAAUCUAACGAAAAAUGUAGCCUUUGCUACAAAUUGUCAAAACAAAGAAAACUAAAAAAAAAAACAAAGAAAACUAAAUUUUGUCGCCAUAUUUUCUCAUAAUUUGGUAACCGCUACAGAAAAACAGAACAGUUUACAGAAAAUUACAACCGAAGCGGAAGUGGGAAGGUUCUUGUAUUUUGACUGUGAAGAUAGCUAUUGCGUUCAAGAAUUUAAACACGAACCACUUAUUUUUCAGAAAUGUCAUGGCCACCGAAUUGUCCGACGUUUAUCAGUGCCCGAGUGCUUCACAUUGGUUACUCAAAGAAUGACGAAAUAUCCACUGCUUCUUGAAGCCAUUCUCAAAGUCACAAAAUGUAAGUUAUGAAAAGAUGAUUAUUAUACACUCACGCGCACUUAACCAAUCAGUAAUCGUUGAGAGGGUCACGUGCCGAUCCAAUAUUUUACGAUACUGGACAGGAACCUAUUGGACAGUUGCGAAUUGUGGCUUUUUUGAUGGGUUUUUCAACCCUUUUCAGAUGUUUUGUCAAUUUCAAACACACGAAAAACGAUAUGGCAGAACAAUGAAAAGAAUUUGGGACAUUAAUACAGUUUUUUCUACCAGUUUUGUUUAAAAUUAUAAAAGCGCGGGAAAACUUGUCAUCGCGAAAUUUAUUUGUUUGCAACAGCCUAGAAGUUAGUAAUAUUAUUUUUUUCGUUAAAAUUAGGUCGAAUUUCCUUUAAACAUACAUGGAAUUGAGUUUAUUUAUGCACACAUAUUUGUAAAAACAGGUUUAUUAACUUUUUUAGUUAUUUAAGCAAAUUCGCCGCCGAUAUAUGUAGUAAUGUUGUCGCUGUAUUAGUCUCGCUGUAUUUACUUUAUCGCUUAUUGACAAUUUUUGUCAUAGAAUUGUUUUGUUCGAUAUAAUAAAACUCCUAUUGGAUUCAUCUUCGCCCAAUAUGGCAAAAUAUUAAGUCGAGACUUCAAUAUUAGGCUCGACCUUCGGUCUCGCCCAAUAUUGAAGUCUCGACUUAAUAUUUUGCCAUAUUGGGCUCAGAAGAAUCCAAUAAGAUAUAAUAUUAGCAUACGUAAUAGUAUGGCUUCAAGUGCAAUUUGGAGGGAAAAAAGCAUGCACGAGUGAGUUUUUCAAAGACUAUUAAUUAAAGAAGUCUUUGAAAAACUCGCGAGUGUACGUUUUUUCAAAUUGCACGAGAAACCAUACUAGUACUUAUUAAUUAAUAAUAUACAUGAUAAAAUUAUGUAGUCACGUGCGUAAGUUACAUUUAGAAGGAAAUUAAGAAAUUUGAAAAAUGAAAAAUUAAGAAAAUUUAGAAAAUUUUAAAAAAUAAGAAAUUGGCACUGUAUUUCUUUUUUUGCACCUUAUUCUAUUAUUUGGCGCUGUAUUUAGAAAACAAUCUUGCACUGCUCAUAAGCCAAUCAGAAUUGAAAAUUUUUGAAAAUUAAAGCACUUAUUUAAUCACGAUUGAAAGAUGCAGCUAAAGCUGAUAAGGUCGUGAAUAACAAAAGUUAGAAUAUCUAAAUACACUAAUCUAUACCUAAGAACAACAUAUAUCUAUUUAAGAGGCAAUCUUUUUCAAUGUCACGUAUUUGCAAUGAAAAGUGUUCAAAACCUAAAAUCUUUUUGGCGUUCGUCUCAAAAUUACUUCGUUUUAGCUUUAUUCUCUAGUUUACAGAGUUAGCUACCUUUUUAAAUGCAUCUGCCGGUUGAGAAACAUAAAAUAAUAGUUAAAAAUUGUCAAUGAAAAUACAAUUAUCAAUGAUGCUUUAAAAGUGACGCCAUAUUUACAGCCAUAUAAGCAAAACUUACUGAACUUCAGACAUCAUGGCGUAUCGUCUAAAUCUCGUCAUUUUAGCAUUAUUUUACAGAUAAAGCACUAAACAUACUUUUUAAGUUUGUUUGCCGAUUGAGAAACGUAUCGAAAAAUAAAAAUUUUGAAUUUAGUCAUACCUCAAGUGAUAUAUUAUACGCAUUAGUUUUGAGCGCGUGUUACGUAACAUACAAAAAAAUCUCCUCUUAAUAUUAAUUUAUGGUUUAAUUCUACUUAAGUUGUAGAGUUCCAGCUAACUGGUAGCCACUUGCUACUAUUUUCUUUUUAAAUUUUCAACCCCUGUCCUGGUCAAAUGUAACCAGAUUUCUGAUUACGUUACCCAGACUAUGGUAAAAUAACCAAGAAUUGUAACUGGGAAUAUUAGGUUAAUGCAAAUAGUAUUAUUUCUAAAUUAGCCACGAAAUUUACCAGAGUGUUUUUACAGUUCAACGCUCUCCGUCUCCGGAGUUCAACACUCUCCGUCUCUUUAAUAUUAAAACAUACUUACACUUGAUCAUUCCCUUUUAGCAUCCAACGCGGACCACAAAGAAUUACAAAAGGCUCUUCUGCUUGUCAAGGUAUAAAAAUGAACCGUUCUCCUGGAUUUAAUAUUUUGUAUCUUAUUUGCUGCUAUACAAAUGCGAAAUAGCGGUGUCACUGAUAUUGUUGGGGAUUUCUUUCAGGAUGCCACGAAGGCUGUAGAUAACGCAAUUAAAGAUUACGAGAAGCAAUCGGUAAGAUAUACUGUGUUUAUAUAUUCUCGAGGUCAAGUGCUCUGUUAGAAAAUUGAUUUUCACAUUUUUGACAUUCUACUCGGGCAAAUUGUUCCCUUUGAUCCCCCCCCCCCGUCCUCCAAUCCCAUAUUUGGUCGCCCCUGUGUGCAUAGCAUUUAUGCAUGCAGGUCACUGUUUCUGCUUCCCUGCUGCUAUUCUGAUUUCUACCAUAAUGUCAGUUUGAUUUUCACCCUUUCAGCGACUCAAGGAUAUCAAAAUGAGAAUGGAAAAAGGCAGUGUCGUAUUGAAGAAUGGUCAGAAGAUUAAGG